AUGAUAAACAAUGGACGAGAAAAAAUUGAUAUCAAGCAAAUGAGGUUUUGGAAGUGUAGGCAUUGUUCAAGAAUGUGUCAUAGUUUAGCACAUAGAAAAAGACACAACAGAUGCUUACAUUCUGGGAAAAGACCAUACGGAUGUCCUGCUUGUAUUGCUAAAAGGUUCAAGAGAGAUGAUCGUCUUGUUAAACAUCUGAAAACUGUGCAUUACUUAACAGCUGAGCAAGUGGUGGCUUCAUAUAUAAAAAAGAAUGAUAAAGGGAAAAAGCACAAAAAGAACAAAAAGGAUAAAAAGACAGAAAAGAUAAAAAGCUUUAUACAAACAUAA